CCCCAGGGCCCGGGGCGGGCGGCCGGGUAGCGGGGCCGCCGGGAAGGCUCCCGGCCUCGGAUGUGCUCCGGACCCCGAGCAGCAGGCACCACCAAGAUUAUCAAGAGAGAAGCGCCCCAGCUCUCCCCAACGAUGGCAGGGAAAAGAGUCCUGAUAGUCUAUGCACAUCAAGAGCCCAAGUCCUUCAAUGGAUCUUUGCUGAAGAUUGCUGUGGAAGAACUGACCAAGCAGGGCUGCAGCGUCACCGUGUCGGAUUUAUACGCCAUGCAGUUUGAGCCCAGAGCAACAAGAAAUGACAUUGUUGGUCGCCUGCACAACUCAGAAGCCUUCAAUUAUGGUGUGGAAACCUGGGAAGCUUACAAGAGAGGAGGUUUGUCCAAAGACCUGGUUGAAGAGCAGAAGAAGGUGCAGGAAGCAGACUUGCUGAUUUUUCAGUUUCCCUUGUUUUGGUUCAACAUGCCUGCAAUCCUGAAGGGCUGGAUGGACAGAGUCUUGGUCCAAGGCUUUGCUUAUGAUUUGUCAAAGGCUUACGAUGGUGGCUUGCUCCAGGGCAAAUUAUCUCUGUUUUCUUUCACCACGGGAGGAAGCAAAGAGAUGUAUUCAAAAGAAGGUAUCGGUGGUGAUAUUCGCUAUGUCCUGUGGCCCAUGCAGCAUGGAAUCAUGCACUUCUGUGGUCUCAAAGUCCUUGAACCUCACAUCUGUUAUGCUCCAGAGAAUGUCUCCCAGGAGAAGAGGAAGGAGAUGCUGACUGCCUGGGCCCAGCGUCUGAAGACUCUUUGGAAGGAAGAACCCAUAGACUGUUCUCCUGAGUGGUAUUUCAAGUAGUGUUCAGGUGUGAGACUACAGAGAGAAGGGCUUUUUCCCUUAAUUCUUUUUCGUGUUCUAUCUAAAUACAUGAACUCUAAUCUCUUAAUUCAAAUAUAUUUUAAGAAUCUUGAAUACUACAUCUAGCAGUUUCACUGAUUAUUAUAACGUAGCAUUUAUCUUCACUGAUUCCCAAGGGAUUCCCUUCACAAGGAUGGGUGCAAAACUCUUUGCGUUGUUCUCCUUGCUCACAAGAACGGUGUCAUUCUGCCUCCUUGUGGAUGAGAACACGUGUGAUAUUUCAUGGCAGAUUAUGCCAUUGCUGCUUGUCAAACAGUGAAGUACAUGGCCAAGUUAAUUUUAUCACUGUUUGUACCAGUUGCCACUUUUUUCCCUUUACCAGGGAAUAUGGUGCCCAUACCCAACUUGUCAUUUAAAAGCCACUUGUCAUUGGUUGUGAGAGUUCCAACACUUGUGCCUUGGAGCUAUAAAACCACAUCAUGAGCAGUGUUGCAAAAGGAUGUAUGGUUGCAAAGUGUCUUAAACAGCUGGAAAGCCUUGUGGGCAGCCCUAGGCUUCUCCAGGUAUCUAUAAAGCAAUAUUAAAGCUAUGACAGAUACCAGAAAUGGGAAAAAAUAAAUACGAAUGUAGUGGCGCGUGCAUGAAUUGCCUUCCUUUGUAGACUACAACUUCCAUUUGUAAAGUAUGCAGCUUCCCAUAAUAAAAGUAGAGAGAAAAAGGAACCCCAUCUGUUGCCUGCCCCCUCACACUAGUCAGUGUUGGUGUUUGGGUCUGGAGGGUGUUAGCUUCCUCUCCAGCAUCAGCACCAAUGGGCUUCCUUGGAGAUCUCCAAUGCCAGCAGUUGGUGAGGCAGAGCACUAACCCAAAAACCUGCAGGUGCACUGUCUGUGGGUCAAGGUCUAUGGGAAAGAUAAAUUGUCUGGCUAAUAAUAGUCAAGAUUUUUACUUGGAACUGUAGCAGGAUUAUUUUUGUGCUUUAGAGUUGUUAACCAUGUUUGUGCAUAUGACAAGGGCUGGGUUUCUUGCUUAGUUGCUGAAUUUCUUGCUUUGACCAGCUCACCUAACUGCUGCCUUUGCACUUUGAUUUUAAAAGAAUGUGGCCUCAAUAAGUACCCAUCUCCUGAGUCACUGUCAAUGACACCUAGACCCUUGUACAUCUGCCACACCUGCUUUGUCACAGUCUUGUCACACCCCAGCCUUACAGUUCCUUAGGGUCUAACUGGAUGAUAAACAUUCUGAGCCCAGACUCUGGAGGCUCAGUGUAAGCUGAUACACCAGACUGGGAAAUGCCACCACAGGGAAAGGGUCACGUGUUACUGUUUACUCCCAUAUGAAAUGGAGGGCUGCAUCCAGCAGAGACAUUUCCCAGCAAGCAGAGCUGCCUGAAGCUGGCACAGAUGUCUGCUGUGGGGUGUGUGAGCCAAAGUCUUUAGGCUGCAGAAGCAGGAAUUUUACUUUGGCUCAACAGCUCUGUUAUAGGAAAAGGAAAGUGAAAGGGAAUAAGGAGGAAAGUGUUACAUAUCUUAAGUUGUGGGAAAAGCAGAUUCAUGCCUAAAAGACUUAAGGAGAGCAACUUAGCUACCAAGAGAAAUUUGAAGACAAAUUUUAAAAUUGCAUAAAAGAGAACUGAUCCUUCUAUACACUGUAUUCAAUUAACAGACUAUUCAGGAAAGAAGGAAAUUGAGGUGAAAGCAGAAGUUGCAAUGUCAAACCAACAUUACUGCUUUGGAUCAAUUGCAGAGCUUAGUGGGGUUAACUAUUAGAUGAAAAAUGCCAGACUGACCUGUAUGUUGAGGAUACUGUGCUUGACACUAUUGGCAGACACAUGCCAGCUCCCGCAUAUAAGGUAGCACUAAAUUUUGAUAAGUUGGCUGAGAUUUUUAGUACAAAGUAUGUGAAUGGUUGAAAUGAAUGCAAGUUCAGUUUAAGUUAAAAGAAUAAUAGGCUUAUUAAAUUCCCAUUAAUGCUAAAAUUGAAGACUUCUGCUCAGAUAAAUUCAUUAUUGUGUAAAGUACUAAAAAUGUACCAAUCUUUUUGUCCAUUUCAAGAUGACCUUUCCUUCUUCUCAAAUCAGAAUUAAGACAUUUCUCUGUAAAUUCAGACUGCAUUUCUGGAUCAGUUUAUUUUCCCUAUUCAUUUUACAAAGGAAUGUCAUAACUGGCAACAACGACCUCUAAGCACAAAUAAACGGCAAUUUCUUUCUUUG